AUGGCGGCGAAUGAAGUCCAGGUCAAGCAUAUCGGCGAGCUCCUUUCUGGGGCGCACGGGAAGGUCCUUGAACUAGGGCCUGGUGCCGGUGAUCAGAUGUUUCAUUACAAGGCCGGCCAGAUUGAGAUGCUAUACGCCGCAGAACCAAAUGCCUUCCUGCACGGAAAACUGUGUGAAGCUGCGGAGAAAUACGGUCUGAGAAGCAAGAUGGUGACUCUGGAAGCGGGUGCUCAGCCCGGGAGUUUGUUACCAGCACUGAAGGGAGCCGGUUUGAUCCCUAGCACCACCUCAAGUCUGCUAGACGAAGGUGUCUUUGAUACGGUCGUGGCAGUAAAGUCUCUGUGCUCAGCACCCCAAAAACAACUUGCGGCGACGGUCGCCGUGGUCCAGGCUCUGCUGAAACCUGGUGGCGAGUUCCUGUUCUUCGAACAUGUUGACAACAGCACAGACGCAAUCACCAUAUCCUACGCCUGGCUCGUAGACUGGAUCUGGCCUGUGUUCAUGGGCGGCUGUCGGCUGAAUGGAAAGCUCGAUAAGGUCGUUCUGGGAAUGGGAGGCUGGGAGGAAAGGACAAUAACCACUGUCGGGGACUUCAAAGGGCACGAGGUCUUCAGGUAUAUCAAAGGCAUCUGCCGUAAGGCUUGA